AUGGCAAGAAGCUUCUACACGCAGGGGAUAGUUGCUACCAUGGAAGCCAUUGGAAGAGGCGUACCCAGUGGAGCAAUCGCAACUACGCCUUCAACAGCGCUACUGAACCAACGCAGGUGCACCUACUACACGAGCAGCGAUGGGAAAAAAUAUAAUAAAAAAAUUUGGAACAAUCUAGGGGUUGUAAUUAUACCACAACAAACAGCCUACAUAAUUGAGCGUCUGGGGAAAUACAAAAAGACCUUGCUGGCAGGGAUACACUUUAUCAUCCCCUUCAUAGACAAAAUAGCCUACGUAUUUUCUCUAAAGGAGGAAACGAUAACCAUUCCAAACCAAACGGCCAUCACUAAGGACAAUGUGACUCUUAACAUAGAUGGGGUGCUCUACAUAAAAUGCGAUAACCCAUAUAACUCUUCCUACGGAAUUGAAGACGCCGUUUUCGCAGUGACCCAGUUAGCCCAAGUUACCAUGCGAUCAGAGUUAGGGAAGCUAACCCUAGACGCCACUUUCCUAGAGAGAGAUAAUCUAAAUGAAAAAAUUGUUAAAGCUAUUAACGAGUCAGCAAAAAACUGGGGAAUCAAAUGCAUGCGGUAUGAAAUUAGGGAUAUCAUCCUCCCCGUCAACAUUAAGAAUGCCAUGGAGAAGCAGGCGGAAGCGGAACGAAGGAAGAGAGCGGAGAUUUUGCAAAGUGAGGGAGAAAGGGAGAGCGAAAUUAAUAUUGCCAUUGGAAAGAAAAAGAAGUCCAUUCUGAUAGCAGAGGGACAAUCUUUCGCAAUCAAAGCCAAGGCAGAUGCUACUGCGGAAGCUAUAGAAAUUAUUUCAAAUAAAAUUAAAAAGCUAGACUCUAACAGUGCAAUGUCUCUUCUCCUAGCUGAGCAGUACAUUGACGUUUUCUCUAACAUUUGCAAAAACAAUAACACUGUUAUUAUUCCGGCCGAUCUGAACAACAUUAGCAGCUUAAUUUCGCAGUCCUUGUCUAUAUAUAAUAACAUACAGAAGGCCAAACGUGGGGGGGCUCCUCCGCAGGUGGAGUCCCUCCCCGGUGCUGACUUGGUGCGUUCCGAGGCGAAGGACUGA